AUGUUCUACAACUGGUCCUACACCAAUCGAUUGGCCGGACGACCAACGGAACGUGUGAGUGGGAUUUAUUCUCGACUGGAGAAGGAGGGAUGUUUCCAUUUAUUCCGAAAUGGCUGGGAGGUACGUGGCAAAGAUGCCGAGAAAUUUUUGGAUUAUAUUUUGACGAAUAAAUCUCCUCCACCUGGUGGAGUUUCAUCUGCACUUAUGUUAACGAGAAAAGGGAAUAUUUUUUCGCCAGUGGAGCUGUUCCAUCAUGACCAGUUCAGAUCGGAAUAUCUACUGAUAUCGGAUCCGGAACGAGAAUCGCGUGAUAUAAACUGGAUGAAAAGGGCGGCUUCUGAAUUGCAAGCAAAUGUGGAAAUAUCCGGCGUAAGCGAAUAUCUGGCUUCACUUGCAAUCGUCGGUCCAAAAAGUCGUGCAGUAUUAGAAGAACUCACGAAAUCGGAUUUGGGAUUCGAUCAAAGUGCUGCAAAAUUGAUGAGGCUCGAUGCUGUACCAGUUCUUGCU